UCUGUUUUAUCUUUUCUCUUAAGGUCUGGCUCACUGCACAGGCGCCUGUUGCAAGGCAUCUCCUCUCCUGCACUGGCUCCUUCGAUUUUGGGCCUGGCCCUAUCUCACUACCUAUAAUAUUUCUAUCUAAUGUAGCUGCAUACAACAAGAUGAUUUUUAAACUUUGUUAAAAUGGUAAUUUAUUAAUAUCUAAAACAACCGUUCCCAAACUUGAGAAUUAUAAAUAUAAUGACUCCUCCAGGGUAUAUAAAUGAUACCUCACUACUUGUACUGCACAGGGAGAACUCCCACAGAAUACCUGAGUCAAGUCAGGGCGCCCUCACAGUUUAGAGACACCCUGAACACCCCAAGGCCACUGAGUCCUUGGCGGUGAGCAGCUUCCGCGGGAUCUGGGGCUCCCCACUGCCGGCCUAAGCUCUUCCGUACACACCAGGCCGGGCGCUUUCAAGGCACCGCACGGGAGACCAAAGGGCAGGGUCCAGGCUCCGUCUGCCUGGACCGGGAAGAGCGUCCUGUGUGGCUCUGGGAAAAGGCAUCCCAAGGACCCGAUUAAGCACCGAAGGAGACUGCGCGUCCCGGAGCAGCAGCGCAGGUUCUCGGAGGCUCCGCAGGAACCUGGAGCUCCGAGCUCCCAGCCGCCAGCCGCAGACACCCGCCGAGGAGCAGCACACAGGGCCCGGAGCCGCGCCAGGGAGCUGAGCGGCUCGUCCUGCCCGACCCGGCCGGCGCGGAGAUUUGCUGCUAUAUGAUCUGCUGGGAAACUUUAGUCUCUUUCAUGCUUUAGUACCUGUGACACAAAGAAGUGCCUACAGUCCAGCAGCAUCACCACCACCUUUGGAAGAAAUGCAGAACCUUGAGCCUCCCUCAAGACCUACAGAGUCAAGAUUGACAUUGUAACAAGAUUCCCAGGAUAUUCUUGUUGACCUCGGAAGAGCUCAUAUCAUGGAAUCAAUCUCUAUGAUGGGAAGCCCGAAGAGUCUUAGUGAAACAUUUUUGCCUAAUGGCAUAAAUGGUAUCAAAGAUGCAAGAAAAGUCACUGUGGGUGUAAUUGGAAGUGGGGAUUUUGCCAAAUCUCUGACCAUUCGGCUUAUUAGAUGUGGCUAUCAUGUAGUGAUAGGAAGUAGAAAUCCUAAGUUUGCAUCUGAAUUUUUUCCUCAUGUGGUGGAUGUCACCCAUCACGAAGAUGCUUUAACAAAAACAAACAUCAUAUUUGUUGCACUGCAUAGAGAACAUUAUACCUCCCUAUGGGACCUGAGACAUCUUCUUGUGGGGAAAAUCCUAAUUGAUGUGAGCAAUAAUAUGAGGGUAAACCAAUACCCAGAAUCCAAUGCUGAAUAUUUGGCCUCCUUAUUCCCGGAUUCCUUGGUUGUCAAAGGAUUCAACGUCAUCUCAGCUUGGGCACUUCAGUUAGGACCUAAAGAUGCCAGCCGCCAGGUCUAUAUAUGCAGCAACAAUAUCCAAGCUCGACAACAGGUUAUUGAACUUGCCCGUCAGUUGAAUUUUGUUCCUGUUGACUUGGGGACAUUAUCAUCAGCCAGGGAAAUUGAAAAUUUACCCCUGCGACUAUUUACUCUCUGGAGGGGGCCAAUGGUGGUAGCCAUAAGCUUGGCCACAUUUUUCUUUCUUUACUCCUUUGUCAGAGAUGUGAUACAUCCCUACGCAAGAAGCCAGCAAAGUGACUUUUACAAAAUUCCCAUUGAGAUUGUGAACAAGACCCUGCCCAUAGUGGCCAUUACUUUGCUGUCCCUGGUGUACUUAGCAGGCCUCCUGGCAGCUGCUUAUCAGCUUUAUUAUGGCACCAAGUAUAGGAGAUUUCCGCCCUGGCUGGAGACAUGGUUGCAGUGCAGGAAACAGCUGGGACUGCUGAGUUUUUUCUUCACGGUUGUGCAUGUUGCCUACAGCCUCUGCUUACCUAUGAGAAGGUCAGAAAGAUACUUAUUCCUCAACAUGGCUUACCAGCAGGUUCAUGCAAAUAUUGAAAACUCUUGGAAUGAGGAGGAGGUGUGGAGGAUUGAAAUGUACAUCUCCUUUGGCAUAAUGAGCCUUGGCUUGCUUUCCCUUCUGGCCAUCACUUCCAUUCCUUCAGUGAGCAAUGCCUUAAAUUGGAGGGAAUUCGGCUUUAUUCAGUCUACCCUUGGGUAUGUUGCUUUGCUCAUCAGUACUUUCCACGUUCUCAUUUAUGGAUGGAAGCGAGCUUUUGAAGAAGAGUACUACAGAUUUUACACACCACCAAACUUUGUUCUCGCUCUUGUUUUGCCCUCAGUUGUAAUUCUGGGUAAGAUCGUUUUACUCCUUCCAUGUAUAAACAGGAAGCUAAAGAGAAUUAAAAAGGGCUGGGAAAAGAGCCAGUUUCUUGAAGAAGGUGUUGGAGGGACUAUUCCUCGUCUUUCCCCAGAGAAAGUCACGGUAAUGUAAUGACAAAAGGUGCCCGCA